AUGAGUGAAGACGGCCCCUUGUACCUGGGUUUCGACCUCUCGACCCAGCAGCUCAAAGCCAUCGUGAUCCAGUCGGACCUGCACGUCCUCUCCGAGGCAAAGGUCGACUUCGACGCAGACUUCGGCAAGCAGUAUGGCCUGACCAAGGGCGUCCUCGUCAACGACGACGAGGGCGAGGUCUUCGCGCCCGUGGCCAUGUGGCUCGAGGCCAUCGACCUCGUGCUGAGCCGGCUCAAGGAGAACGGCGCCCCGCUGCACCGCAUCAGGGCCGUCAGCGGCGCCUGCCAGCAGCACGGGAGCGUCUACUGGAACCACGACGCCGAGAAGCUGCUGGGCGGCCUGGACGGGCGCGCCGGGAAGAGCCUCAAGGACCUCCUGGCCGGCUCGCUGAGCCACCCCUACGCGCCCAACUGGCAGGACCACACCCAGGCGCAGUGCGACGAGUUCGACGCCGCCCUGGGCGAUAACACGAAGCUGGCGGAUGUCACGGGGAGUGCGGCACACCAUCGAUUCACAGGCCCCCAGAUCAUGCGCUUGCGCAAGAAGCUGCCGGACAUGUACGCCAACACGGCGCGCAUCUCGCUGGUCUCGUCGUGGCUCGCGUCCAUCAUGCUGGGCGGCAUCGCGCCGCUGGACAUCGGCGACGUGGGCGGCAUGAACCUCUGGGACAUCCGGGCCAACAAGUGGGACGAGGGGCUGCUGCGGCUCGCGGCGGGCGGGCCGGACGGGGUGGCGGCGCUGCGGUCGAAGCUGGGCGAGCCGCGGCAGGACGGCGGCGGCAGCAUGGGCGGCGUGUCGCCCUACUUUGUCCACAGGUACGGCUUCAGCCAAGAGUGCCAGGUCGUGCCCUUCACGGGCGACAACCAGGGCACCAUCCUCGCGCUGCCGCUGCGCCCCCUCGACGCCAUCGUCAGCCUGGGAACCUCGAGCACCUUCCUCAUGAUCACGCCAACAUACAAGCCCGACCCGUCCUAUCACUUCAUGAGCCACCCCUGCACGCCCGGCCAGUACAUGUUCAUGCUGUGCUACAAGAACGGCGGCCUCGCGCGCGAGCGCGUGCGCGACUCGCUGCCUCCCGUCGCCGCCGGCGAGCCCGACAAGUGGGCCAACUUCAACGACGCCGUCCUCUCCACGCCGCCCCUUGACGUGCAAAACCCUUCCGCCGGCCGCGCCAAGCUGGGCCUGUACUUCUACCUCCCCGAGAUCGUCCCCAACAUCAGGGCUGGCACGUGGCGGUACACGUGCGGCGCCGCGGACGGCAGCGACCUCCGCGAGGCCGACAAGUGGCUGGCGGCCAAGGACGCGCGGGCCAUCGUCGAGUCGCAGGCCCUCUCGAUGCGCCUGCGCUCGCAGAACCUGGUGCACGCGCCCGACCCAGCCCGGCACCCGGGCCUGCCCGCGCAGCCGCGGCGCAUCUACCUGGUGGGCGGCGGCAGCCUGAACCCGGCCAUCGCGCGCGUCGUGGGCGACGUGCUGGGGUCCGCCGAAGGCGUGUACAAGUUGGACGUCGGCGGCAACGCGUGCGCGCUCGGCGGCGCGUACAAGGCGCUGUGGGCGCUCGAGAGGAGCGGCGGCGAGACGUUCGACGAGCUCAUCGGCAAGCGGUGGAAGGAGGAGGGCGCCGUCGAGAAGGUCGGCGACGGCUACAGGAAGGGCGUGUUCGAGCAGUACGGGGGCGUGCUGGGGGCCUUUGGGGAGCUGGAGGAGAAGAUCUUGCAGGUUGCUCAUAACUAG